GGAGAUUCAACGGUACAGACUCCAAAAUGAAGUUCGCAAUUCUCGCCGCCCUUGUUGCCCUGACCGUCGCUGCGCCCCCCAGCAACGACGAGCAGCUCAUCAUCACCAAGAAGUUCUACCCCGACUCCUUCGCCGUCUACACCGGCCACUACGACAUUGUCGACAUCGUCGUACCCCUCAACCAGAUCAACUACUCCGAUGACAGUAAUGAAAUCACUGACGAAACUAUCACCAUCUUUUUCGUCGAAGCUGAUGUCAAAGACGAUGGAACUUACGACUACAAAGGAUUGUACACCUACAAGAAUGGCGUAGCCAAGAAGGUGCUUGAGAACGGACAGUGCACCACUUAUUAUAAGGACAAGAUCGUCUACUUCGGCGCUAGCGACGGCAUCUACAAGUACAACGAACAAGAUCAGACUGCGACCAAAUAUGGUACCGUUUCUGACAGCGUCAUCAGAAUGGCUGUUGAUACUGAACAUGCUAACGUAUAUUACUUGACCUCAGACUAUGUUCUGUACAAAUAUGAUGAAGGUGAGAAGGUGGCCACUGAAGUUGAAGCAGUUAAAGACGCUAGAGACAUAGUCUUAGAUUUCGACGGUAUCAUGUAUUUCUAUGAUGGCAGCCACCAGUUCUACACUUACAACGGCCAGCGCGUCCUUAAAAUCGAGGGUCUCCCGGCGCACUCUACUAAAGUAACACUCAUCAGGUCUCCAUAUAUGUGCAUCCAGGCUUUCGCUGUCAUUGACGGCCGUCUUUAUAAGCUGAACGUUGACGGUACCAGCGAGAAGACGCCAGUUAAGUUCCAGUCUCAACCGACUGCGUACGCCCCGGACACCAUUCUGUACCAAUACUAUGCAUACAAGCAGAAGAUUUACCUGUACAACCUGGUUACCCUGUGUGCUGAUAAGAACUUUGAUGAACUGAAUGAGUUCUUUGAAGAUAAGCAGGAACAGGUCAACGCUUACAAGAACACUAAGAUUUCUAGCCGUUUGUAAUUUUGUUUGUUGUUUUGACUGAAUAA